CUUCGACAGCCCUAUGUAUAAAUUUCAUGCACUGUGGCAUUUAAAAUACAUGCAUACACUUGAAAUCCGAUGCACACAUAGUUUAAAAGAAUCUCGCUGGAAACAGAUCGAAACAUGAAUCUAAAGCAGACCACUUGGUGUGUUUCUUUCACGACGCUGCUUGCAUGUAUCGUCUUGGUUCAGGGAUACUGGAAAACUCCAGAAGAGGGUCCCACCUGCAAAGCUGAUACAUGCAGAGAAUCUGAUGCUAUAUGUGAAUGCUCUCUCACCAUUGAACACAGGUUGACAAUGACAACAAAAGAUCCUUUACUAGUAGUUCCAUUUGGUGGCAAACUUUACUAUUAUAACGAUACAAACAAACGCCGCCCUCUGUCAGAUUCCGUCAUCAGUGACAUUAUUACGACAGACGGAUAUGGAUCUCGUCUUGUCAUAGCUGUUAAUGAUAAAUUCCCCGGCCCAACCAUAGAAGCUUAUGAAAACCAGCAAAUGAUAAUCCAUGUUAGAAACCUGAUGCAUACUGACUCAACUACGAUACAUUUUCACGGGAUGCACCAGCGCAGGACACCACAUGCUGAUGGUGUAGCCUUUAUAAGUCAAUGUCCAAUUUUGCCUGGACAAACCUUUACCCACAGAUUCACUGCGAGUCCACAUGGAUCCAGUUUCUAUCAUGCACACAUAGGAGAUCAGCGUAGCAUGGGUUUAUAUGGAGGGCUUAUCAUUUAUCCUCGACACAAAUUCUUUCCUCAACCACAAGUUGGAUUCACUGUUCUCUUGCAGGAUUGGAAUCAUAACGAUGAACCUGAAACUUUGUAUCAGCGCAUGCUUAACGGGAUCUACGAUUUUCAAAAAAAUCCACCGACUCGAAUUCAAACAACACAGUCCGUUGAUGGCGCUAAUUUUAGUCGAUUUCAUUUUCACUCUGGACUCGUCAAUGGUAAAGGAAGGUUUUAUUCACCGAAACCAAAUAGGCCUUAUGAACUUCAACACAAUGGAGCCCCUCUUGAAAUCUUUCGCGUAAAGCCACAAAGAACUUAUAGAUUUCGAGUGAUAAGUGCAGCAACUCUUUACCCUUUCCGUGUUUAUGUUCAAGAUCAUCUAGAAAUGACAAUUGUAGCAUCUGAUGGAUUUGAGAUUGUUAAAGGAAUUGGGGAGGAAAGUCAGCCAAUCGUUGUAGAAUCGUUCAUUAUUCAUCCUGGAGAGCGAUUUGAUUUCUUCUUGUUCACAGGAAAGACUAUAAAAUCGUAUCUUUUAGUUGCAGAGAGUAUUGAAGUCCUACCUAGCAAUGUGUAUGAAUAUCAUGCGGCAGAGGCAAUAAUAGAAUACGAAACCUCCACAACGUCAUACGUUACAUCAACAGCAAGCAAUCAGAAAUAUUGUACCAGUGGAACACCAUGUGUAACAUUCAACUGUCCAUAUCUGUAUUACCCCGCCAAUCAGAACAGAUUGUGCCUUCCUUAUGAUGUAGCUAACAGUAAUGAGCCCAAUUCGAGUUAUAGCGAAGUUGCAACCGUUUCUGAAACACUGUUUUUUAACUUUGCUUUUCCUGGGGAACCAGGAAAUACACCUGGUUCGGUUAAUGGACAUGCAUUUGUACCGCCUGUGGCACCUAUACUCACGGAAUCAAAUAACAAACUGCGAACGGUUUGCGAAGACUCAAAAUGCGGCAUUGACUCCGUCUGCGCUUGCACAUAUUCCGUCGAUCUUGACUUUGGGAAGGUAUAUCAGUUUGUAAUUACAAAUAUUGGUAGUGGUCGAGGAUGGUCCCAUCCAGUUCAUCUUCAUGGUCACUACUUUUACGUGUAUAAAAUGGGAUUCGGUGAUUAUAAUCAGAAUACAGCCAAAUUUAUCGCUGAAACAAAUGACAUUGAAUGCAUUGGAACUAAUACUACAAAUUAUUGUAAUUCUGCUAAGUGGAGAAAUCAAACUUGGGGCAACAAUAUUCCUGGUUCAAAAACAAGCUAUCCUCCAGAAAAAGACACCAUAAUAAUUCCAACGGGAGGAUACGUCGUUAUCCGAUUUAAAGCAAACAAUCCUGGAGCCUGGUUCUUUCACUGCCAUAUUGACGUUCACAACACUAACGGGAUGGGGAUGGUUCUUCUGGAGGCGUCAAACAAUUACCCAUCAGCUCCAUCUGGAUUCCCGAAAUGCGGAUUGUUUGAAGAAAAUCAAAACGGAAAUUCAUCUGUUGGAUCAAGAUGUGUAAUCGAUCUGGUAUUCCUGUUGUUCCUGACAUUCGGAAGACUGACAUUCGGAAGACUUGUAGAUAUAAUGUAAACUCUAGUGGGUAAAAUAUAUAAAUUGUGAAUUUAACUAUCAUAUCAUAUAUGAAGGUUGUACAGCAGUAAUAUCUUAUAAGCAUACAUGGUUGGGUAAUUAUGAAUAUGAUAUUUCUGGAAAACAUCAAAGAUAACAUAUUUUCUGUCCUCUCAUUAUCAUAUAUAAUCAGAAACGAGAAGGUUCUCCACUUUUUACCAUGGGGGAAACUGCGUGUAAGCAACAGUACAAAUGCGAUUUUGACCUCUUAGGUUUUGUUUAAUGUAGUGUUGGUGAUAUCAACAAUAACAACAAUUCCCAUUCUCCUGUUAUGACUGUUUGACUGUAAGUGAGCAGCUCAGCAGAAAUGAAAAAUAAUUAGAGAAAUCAGAAGAGUUUUCAAUGUAGAAGUGCAUUUCAUAAAUUCAUUCAUAUGAAUUAGAGGAAAUUCUAGCUAAUUAGUCCCCUACCGACGAAGUCGAGGGGACUUUAGGUUUGCGCUCCGUCCGUCUGCCCAUCAGUCCAGUUUUCCGCACUUUUUUUCUCUGUUCUUGCAGAUAUUUAUUUGAUAUUUGGUAUGUCGCUUUGCUAUAACACGUUACAGAUCAAGUUCGAAUUUCGUCUCAGUCCGUUGAUUUUUCACUUAGUUAUGGCCCUUGGACUUAGAAAAAUAGCAUGAAUAAUCAGUUUUCCAGACUUUUUUUGGAUGUGCUUGCAGAUAUUCAUUUGCUAUUUGGUACAUUGCUUUGCCAUAACAAGUUACAGCUCAAUAUCAAAUUUCAUCUUGGUCCGUUGAUUUUCCAUUAAGUUAUGACCCUUGGACGUAGAAAAAUAGCAUGAAUUGUUAGUUUACAUCCAAGUCUCUUAUCUCUGUAGAUAAGAAUUAAGAAUACUACACUCAUUAAAACUUCUAGCAUAGUAAUACAACAAUAUAGCUAAAUUAUCCAUGAUCAUUUACAUGUCACAGUUUAUUGACUUGGUUAAAGACCUAAAUCUAAUUAUAAAUUUGUCUUUUUUCUUGGUCUAGUCUGUACUCGAAUAGUAGUUGAUUUUCAACCAUUCCUAUCCUGGUUCCCCAAUUUUCCCUUUUACCAUAACCUACAUAUUAAAUGAACGUUGAAUAUUGUUGUGGUACAGUAAUUUUUGCAACCGGUAGGGGACUAUGUAUUGCCAUGCAAUACUCUCAUAAUGCUUGUUAUAUUUCAAAUGUCUAUGAAUUAAAAAUUUGUAUGGAAAUUACAUCUACCAGGUAGCAACAACCGCGCUCGCUAGGUGGCGUGUCAUGGUCUAUUUUUAUUUCUACAGGAAAAGUGGGACGAGGUUCCAUCCUGUUUUUUACGGGCUAGUAUGGAUAAACCUAGAGCCUACGAAUGAUGAGAAGUUUAUCGUUCGGAUCUAAAAUAGCUAUAUUUAGCGUAUCUCACGUGAUUAGGCACAUUCCAGAAAAUCCCUUUGAAACUUAAGCGCUUAAGCAGAGCGAAUAAAUGUAAACAUUGACUUAACGGUGAAAUACACAACAAAGAGUGACAUAUUAAUACAUUUUAUGCAUAAAUAGAUUAUACUGAGGUCAAACAUGGACGAUAAUUGCCCGUGUUCAUAUAGUAUUUGAUUGAUUUCAAUGUCCAAGAAAAGAUAACUCCCAUUAUUAACGUACACAUAACGUACCGGAAGUAUAAAAUAAUACAAUGUUUAUACAUCACAUGUAUUUCUGAAUGAUGGGUGAAUCUUUAUUUUCAUCAGAAUCUUUUUCAUCACACUCACAGACCAGGUCCCCAUACCCCUACCAGUGUCAAUCUGUGACUGAUAGUAGUGCGGUAUUUAAUUUGAUAUAGUCUAGAGGAAAUUCGAAAUAUGGUAGUGACAUUUCUUCCUCACUGAAUUAAUCGGAUUUUUAGUGUUUAAAGAAAAGUGGAGUAUGGACUGGGAGGCUAAUAAUGCUAUUUGCCAAAUUUUCAACAAUAUUAAUUACAAGGCAAGGCAAAUUUAAAGGGGGUCAUAAGCUAUAGAUGAUAAAAUAUUCGCUUGCAAGUUGCACUGCCACUAGUUACACUUAGUGACUUACUUACAGAUAAAUAAAGUAACUUACAGACAAAUAUUUUAUUUAUUUAUCUAUCAUUUCAUUUCAUUUUUUUAAUAUCAUGGUUUGUACUUGAAGAGUCAUUGCAAUAAAGGGACAUUAUUGGGGUUACAAAGAAAUCUGAUCAUGCAGUUUUUAAAUUUCCGAAUUCUGAAAAAAUAAAAAUAAAUAAAUAAUAAACAUUUCAACCAUUCAUUCUCAGACAAAUUCUGAUACCACUCAGCCCCCAGACUGGCCAGAGAGUUCUGCUUCUGUGAAUUCUGAUGCAACUCAGCCUCCAGACUGGCCAGAGAGCCCAGUGUUUCAGUAAAUUCUGAUAAUGAUGCAACUCAGCCACCCACCCACCCCCGACAGCUCUACCAGAAGUUCUCGGAAAAGACUUGCUGAUGUUUAAUAAAUCAGCUUUCCUAUUAGUUUUACUUUUGCUCCUGUUCAUCAGUUCAUUAUGCUAUGGCCCAAUCUGAUUAAAUUUAAGUUCUUUGAUCCGCUCCGUAUACCUCUUCCUUUCCUGUAUCUGUGAAGUCCAGAGGUGAGAUACAUCCUUUCCAAAACAACUAAGAAUGUUCAUGGAACAAUUUAGUAUCAAUUGUUUUCCUUUCUAUGUUGUAUGCCUUAUUUCAAGAAAUAACUUUGGGUAACUUUUUAAUGUGAAAUGGAACAUUUUCCGUUUUUGACAACCUGACGGUAGGAGUGUUUAAGACACUAUACCUCAUUUUCUGUAAGAAAGUGGAGUAAAAGGAAUUCAGAUUUGGAUUCAGCAUACUCAAAAGUGGUAAUUACACCUGAUUUUUAUUGUUUUGGGUAAUGAUGUUUCAAGAAAUAAAGUUGGGUCACUUUUUUAUGUGAAAUGAAACAUUUUCCGUUUUUGACAACCUGACGGUAGGAGUGUUUAAGACACUAUACCUCAUUUUCUGUAAGAAAAUGGAGUAAAAGGAAUUCAGAUUUGGAUUCAGCAUACUCAAAAGUGGUAAUUACACCUGGGUUUUAUUGUUUUGGGUAAAUUUUAAAAAGUGGGUGGUGGUUGCUAUACCAGGGCUCCCUGUAUAGUUUUUUCAGACCCAAACAUUUAUAUUUAAAAUAUGGUGCAGUUCUUUUAACCAUAGUGCACAUGACGACAGAUGAAAAAAGAACCAGACCUUAAUGAUGUAUGCUACUGACAGAAAUUUGAUACCUACAUGCACAUCAAUGAAUAUUUACAGAAUCAUAAGUAAAUAUUGCUUUUGAGAGGAAAACCCCCCCGAAAAAUAGAAAACAAUAUAGAAAAGAAAGAGUUGUUUGAAAAUUUCUCCUCCUCAGAAUAUUAUUCAUUUUAUAACGUAUAGUAAUAACUUUGCAGUUUUACAGUUUAGAAUUGCAAAGUUAAUGUAAUGUAAAACGUUGGAAUGAAAUAUCUCAAAUCAUUAGCUAAUCAGAUUAAAGUAUUGUAAGAAAUAAGGAGUAAAUUCAUUAUCCAAUUAACCUGAGACAAAGUAUAUAAAUACAGCCCUACCACGAUAUUCAGGUACUCUGCUUAUAUGAAUACAGCCCUACCACGAUAUUCAGGUACUCUGCUUAUAUGAAUACAGCCCUACCACGAUAUUCAGGUACUCUGCUUAUAUGAAUACAGCCCUACCACGAUAUUCAGGUACUCUGCUUAUAUAAAUACAGCCCUACCACGAUAUUCAGGUACUCUGCUUAUAUAAAUACAGCCCUACCACGAUAUUCAGAUACUCUGCUUAUAUAAAUACAGCCCUACCACGAUAUUCAGGUACUCUGCUUAUAUAAAUACAGCCCUACCACGAUAUUCUGCUUACUCGGUUCUCUGACAGUGAAAUUUGCAGGUGGGAUAAUUCUAAGGGCUGUAUCGAAAAGCAAGCAGAAAUGCCUUGCAUCUACACGGUAUCUAAGCUUGAUUUUCUCUGUUUGUAACUAGGUUUUACUUAUAGUAAAUUAGAGAAUUUCUAGUAAUACUGUUCGUGUGACUUUUUGAAUUGUUUGUGUCAAUAUAAAAUGUCUCACGUAAAGAGUUCAGUUCACAUUGUUCGACUUCCUUAUCGUGUUAUAUAAGUUCAUAUCUAACGGUGUUUUCCAUAUCAUAUUGCUCUGUAGAUGAUGUAUAAUAUACUAUUUGCUGUUUGUGCUUUUUAGUUUUUAAUAGAUGUACUGUUUUCAACUAUAAUAAACAUGUCAUAUCUUA